GGUUCUGACGGGAGUUUGCCUCAGGUUGCAAGUUUUGCGCUGGGGUUGUUCAGCACCGGAAACCGGGAGUUUUCUUAUCAACCACAAGAUGUCAAAGCCUCAGUUCACAAAUCCAGAAACCCCUGGAUAUGUUGGAUUUGCUAAUCUCCCAAAUCAGGUUCACCGAAAAUCUGUGAGAAAAGGAUUUGAGUUUACCUUGAUGGUUGUAGGUGAAUCUGGAUUGGGGAAGUCUACUCUGAUUAACAGCCUUUUCUUGACCGAUUUGUAUCCUGAACGCAUAGUGCCCGGUGCAGCUGAUAAAAUUGAACGUACAGUAGAAAUUGAAGCAUCUACAGUAGAGAUUGAGGAAAGAGGUGUAAAGUUGCGUCUUACGGUGGUCGACACACCAGGCUAUGGCGAUGCAAUGAACUGCGAAGACUGUUUCAAGCCCAUAAUUCGUUACGUGGACGACCAGUUUGAGCGAUACCUUCAUGAUGAGAGUGGUUUAAACCGGCGACACAUUAUAGACAAUCGUGUCCACUGCUGCUUUUACUUCAUCUCCCCCUUUGGACAUGGCUUAAAACCUCUUGAUGUAGAGUUCAUGAAGGCUUUACACAACCGGGUGAAUAUUGUCCCAGUGAUCGCCAAAGCAGACACUUUAACUCUGAAAGAACGUGAAAGACUCAAGAGAAGAGUUUUGGAUGAGAUUGAAGAACAUGGAAUAAAAAUUUAUCAGCUCCCAGAUGCAGAAUCAGAUGAAGAUGAAGAUUUCAAGGAGCAGACAAGGCUUUUAAAGGCCAGUAUCCCCUUCUCUGUUGUCGGUUCCAAUCAGCUCAUUGAAGCCAAAGGUAAAAAGGUUAGAGGUCGCCUGUAUCCCUGGGGAGUGGUCGAAGUGGAGAACCCAGAACAUAAUGACUUCCUGAAACUGAGGACAAUGCUAAUCACCCACAUGCAGGACCUGCAAGAAGUGACUCAGGAUCUGCAUUAUGAGAACUUCCGCUCAGAGAGGCUCAAAAGAGGUGGUGCCAGCAAAGUUGAGAAUGUGGAAGUAUCAAAGGAUCAGAUACUGCUGGAGAAGGAAGCUGAGCUUCGACGCAUGCAGGAAAUGAUUGUAAGGAUGCAGGCCCAAAUGCAGAUCCAGAGACAAGGAGGAGAAGAACAUGUGUAAUGGACUACAGCCAAAGGACACGGCAAGAGGAGCGCCCUCCGCGGGGAUUUACUGGUGUCCAUUGUACAGUACACAUACUGACGAGUGUUACACACAAUCUCCCCCCCCCCCCCCCCCCCCAGUUUUUAUACUUUUCAAGAAUUAUCAUGUUAGUUUUGUGACAAUAGAAUAGAAACAAUUUAUAAUCUCUAUGUAAGAGCCUUGUUACGAGCCGCAACAAAACCGUUUGGAUACUGUUACAUUAUAUAAUCGUUUCCUUUGAUAUAUUAGAGCAUCGAUCUUAUCCCUCUAUACAGUAUGUGGCAGCAGUGUAUGGAUGUACGCUCGUCACUUGCGUCCCCUCUCCUGUGUCUCUGUUAUCUAUCUGUAUUACACCACUCGCGUUAAGAACUAGACAGGCUUUGGGAACAUGGCAUUAACAUUUUAAGAAAUUCAGUGCUCAGACAGCUGGGCAAUUGUAGCUACAUUCUAGUAGUGCCAUUUUGGAAAUCUGAGGAAUGUGUUCAGAUUUACUUGAAUGGGUUGGCCCAUCUAGGACAUUGACGGCAUAUCACUAGGAUAUGGCAUCAGUGUCCGAUAGGUGUGGAUCACACCCAAAGUGAACAGAGAACAUGCACAGCCACCCUCCGUUCACCGCUAUGGGAGUUCCGAAAAUAUUUCUGCCAGUCCCAUAAUGGCGAAUGUAGAGGCGAUCGCGUUUGCACUGUGCGCUCUCCAUUCACCACUAUCGGACUUCUAAAAACAGCUAGGCAUGCUUGCUCAGCUAUUUUCGCAACUUCCAUAGCAAUAUGCAUGGCUUGCUCUCCUCCACUGUUUGGGCGCCAUUCUGGAGAUAGGUGCGGAUUCCGCCUCUGGGGACCCACUCCUAUCUGACAUGAACAACGCCAUCCAUGUCCUAGGCGGGCAAACUCCUUUAAGAUCUUGCUUCAAAUAAAAGGAAAAUACCACUAUGAAUAUCUUAGAUAUAACCCAGAAAUGUGAAACAGUAUUGCAGGGCCAGAUCAUAUACCGGUCAUCUGCCACCUUUGGCUACACAGUCGGGGGACGCUGGGAGGUGGUUGCAGACCGCUGCCUUAUACUGUCAAGUCUAUGAACAAUGACUGAAUAUUAAAUUCAGCUGGCCCUAUGCAUAGGACUGUUAAAUAGCCAAAACUUUUUUUUUCCCCCCUACUCUUUUCCUCCCAAGAGCCGACAAGAAAAUAUCUAAAAGUGAAUCCAGACCUAAGAUAUAAAGGAGCAGUUAAGGUGCCCAUACACCUAUACUAGUGCUGUUCUUCAUGACUCCCCCAUACAUAUUCACUUUUGGCUCGGCUGAGCGUAUGUGUUCUCAAUGGGGAGAUGGGAAUAAGCCACUGUCAGACACUGUUAAAAUCCAGAAUGCGCAAUUCCUCUUUUCCCAUCUAUCCGCUGGGGAAAGUUGGCACUCCUCCCGCAUCACUUUCGUAGGGAAUGCAGUAGCAUCAGACUGAGAACAUCCAGUCUGUUAAAGUGAAGGGUAUCGGGCGAGCCCUAUCAUAUAUCAUUAUACUGUUGAUGUAUCCUGCUGAAAAUGGACUGACCAGCAUCAUGUUUUCCAUUGUUAAAAUUCUCAAUACUUGACAUUUCAUGAACGAUCUGUGUUUUUGUUAUUGUAAGAAUAAAAUGAUUGGAAUUUGCCAUGAGUUGGGUCACUCCGUUACCUAAUUAAACUGAAACCUAUAAAUGUCUGUCCCCAGCGACCUCCCUAUCCAGCCGUCUGCACAGACACACAGCUGUGGUUCUCCUGAUUUAAAACACUGACUUUCAUUUGACGAUCUGAAGCUCCGCUCCCAAGUUUUGAAACUUUUUCUCAAUAUGCAAAUUAGACCUUUGGUGCAAUGAAGGUGUCACCAUUGCUCCUGUUGUGCCCAAGCUCUACUCCUUUCUGUCGCCAUCCCCCUCCUUCACUGCUUUGCCACCGCCUGGCCCUUUCAAUCAAAACAGCCAGGGAGGGGCUGGCCACAGAAAGGAGGGAAGCUCGGGUGCAACAUGAGCAAUGGUGACACCCUCAUUGCACCAAAGGCAUAUUCAUUUGCAGAUUAAGAAAAAGUAUCCUAACUCAGGAACGGAGUCUUGGAUCAACAAAAGAAAAACAGCAUUGUAAUCGGGUGAACCACAGCUGUGUGUCUAUGCAGAUCGUUUGAUAGGAGGUCGCUGCUGACAGAUACCAUUCUAACACCUGGCAGCAGCUUUCUCCUCUCCCCAUUGAAAACAUGUGCACACUGGACCAAGCAGGUUUGGGGGGGGGGGGGGAUUCUGGAAAGAUAGCUGAAUGGCUGACAGCUAUUGUAGGUGUAAGGGCUAGGGAUGAGCGAACCCGACAUGUUUGGGUUCUGGCGAAAUUCCGUUAUGGAUUCUGUUAUCACGGAAUAUAAUGGAAUGAAAAAUGGAAG